UCCGAAUUCACCGAGGGGACUGUGUUCACCGAUGCAUUCCUCUUGGAUGCUACUGGAUCGGAUGCGCCAAAUCACUGCCGUGGUUUACCGGUCACAGCUCCGCGACAUACUGGUAUUGUAUUGGCCGCGUUAGAUUGUAUUCCCAGUCGACGUUAUUUGGAUCAACGUUGCGUAUCCCUACAUUUACCCCUGUUCGAAAGUGGCACAUUAGGCACAAAAGGACAUGUACAAGUUGUCCUGCCCGGUUGGACCGAAUCGUACAACAGUCAAUUUGACGAUGAUUCCGGUGGUGCGGGAGAUGGUGCACCCGGUGCCGGUUCCAUUCCCUACUGUACGCUCAAAUCAUUUCCCAGUUUGCCUGUGCAUUGUAUUGAAUGGGCUCGCGAAAAGUUCGCAAGUCAGUUCACCCUGAAACCGAAAAUCCUGUCCCAACUGAUCGCCUCUUCUAGCGCUCAUGGUCCGGAUCGACUCAUCCAGCUGGCCUCGGAUCUUCUGUGUUCGAGCACGGGCUCGGUCACGAAUGCGGUACAAAUGAAUGAGUCGGAGAAAUCGGCUCAGACCACAUGGUUACGCAGCCAGCUCACGCGUAGCGUGGCACGAUUUAUGGCCUCACGUCCGACCGACUGGAUCGGUUGUGUUCGACUAGGCCGUGACAAGUUUGAGCGUUACUUCAACCACAAGCCCACAUUCGAGCCCAUAUAG